AUGUCAGGCCCAUCUCGCGGCGCUGCCGGCAACGCCCUUAGCGACUUUGUCGAGCACGUCGCCAAUCAAGCAGCAGCCCGACAUCGCACCCGAGCCGGCUCAACUUCCAAACCCGCUGGAACUGCCCCACCGAAGCUCACUUCCACGGGUACAAACAAGUCACUAGAGGAAGCGGUUGACGAAUUAAGUUUCAUCGAUGACCUAGGUCUUAACACUGACGACGGUCCUAGAGUGAAGCUUCGAGAUCAGCUGUUGGGGAACGAACCAGGACUUGAUGGUUUGUUAAGAAGACGAUUGGAGGAAGGAAGGGGAGAGGCGUUGUUUGAAGUUGGAUAUGAGGAUAAUGGAGAUUCAAUGGGGUUUUCGAAGGAAGAGUAUGAGAAAGCCUAUGAGAAUGUUGUAGGGUGUUUGGGAGGACUGAGCGCCCAGUGUGCGGUUUUGCAGACAGCAAAUGUUGAUGAGAAGGCUGAGGAGGUUCCAGGUGAUGGGAAGGGAGCUAGGAGUAAAUUGAUGGUCAGAAUUGUUCCGAAAAGUAUGGAAGAGCUGUUGGAGAUUAGAGUGGCUGUUGUUGGGAAUGUCGAUGCUGGAAAAUCCACAAUGUUGGGUGUUCUGGUCAAGGGACAGCUUGAUGAUGGACGUGGGAAGGCUCGAGUUAACCUGUUCCGACACAAGCACGAAAUCGAGAGCGGAAGAACUUCCAGUGUUGGAAUGGAGAUUAUGGGAUUCGAUUCUCAGUCUCAGAUUGUAACAAGUCAGGCUGGCAGGAAGUUGACUUGGGAAGAAAUAGGAAAGAAAUCCGCCAAAGUCAUCGCCUUCACCGAUCUUGCUGGACACGAGAAGUACCUACGAACUACAGUCUUCGGUCUUCUAGGAACCUCCCCGGACUACUGCUUGCUCAUGGUGGCAGCCAAUAACGGUUUGAUCGGAAUGAGUAAAGAGCACUUGGGUAUCGCCGUCGCUUUGAACGUCCCCAUCAUGGUAGUCAUCACCAAAAUUGACAUGACUCCACCAAACAUUCUCGCCCAGACCGUCAACCAGAUCACUAAAAUCCUCAAGUCCGGCGGUGCCCGUAAAAUCCCCAUCUUCAUCAAGUCGAAAGAUGAGGCUAUCUCUACCGCUACUCACUUCGUCAGCGAUAGGAUUUGCCCUAUCUUCCAAGUUUCGAACGUCACGGGUGAAGGAUUGGAUUUUGUCAGAACUUUUUUGAAUAUCCUCCCCUACCACGGACAAUUCGACCAAAACGCACCAUUCGAGUUCUACGUUAAUGACACUUUCUCAGUGCCGUUCGUUGGAACCGUCGUGUCUGGUGUCGUCAAAAGCGGCAUUAUUCAUACCGGGGAUCCUAUUUUGAUUGGACCAGACAGCCUAGGGAAUUUCAUCUCGACACAAAUUCGAUCUAUCGAGAGGAAACGAAUAAGUGUUCCACUUGUCACGGCUGGACAGAGUGCUUCAUUCGCUUUGAGGCGGGUACGACGACGUGAUGUCAGGAAAGGCAUGGUGGUCCUCCCGAAGACGGAUGACCCACCACCAAAAGCUUCUAGACAGUUUGUCGCUGAGGUGAUGAUCUUAAGUCACGCUACGACUAUCAGGAAACGCUACCAGGCCAUGUUGCAUGUUGGGCCGGUUUCGCAGACUUGUAGUAUCAUUGACCUCGAUCGUGAAACCGUGCGAACUGGUGAUCGAGCAUUAGUUGCAUUUAAGUUCGUCCAGAGACCGGAAUAUAUCCUUCCAGGUGACAAACUUCUAUUCCGAGAAGGCCGAACAAAAGGUUUGGGUGUCGUCAAAGAAAUCGACUAUGACGAGAACAAGCCCCUCAACCCGGGCUUGAAAGUUGAUGAAAUGACAAUAGAGGACGGAUCAGAUGACGAGAAGUUGACGAAGGAGCAGAAGGCGGAUUUGCACGGGAAGAGUGAGAAGAUGAAGUAUCAGACUGCCACGCCGAGUUCACCUCCGACAACGAGGAAGUAA